AUGGAGAUCUACAGGGUGAAGUGGAAGUCGGUCGGCGCGGCGCUCGCCAGGUCGGCCUUUUCCCAGCUCGAGCUGCUCAGCUGGCAAGACGUGAACGUUGACUGGUGCCCGGGAGAUCGCCUGGCCGAGGCCGAGCGACGAAACUCGGCCCUCCUACACGCCGGAGCUGGGGCCAAGGCGAGGGAUGGCGGGAGCGGGGGUCAACGGGGUGGUGCCGCGGCGGCGGCGGCGGCGGCGGCGGCGGCGGGAGGCGCGGAGGCAGAUGGUGAGCAGGAGGAGCUGUGCAUGAGCGCGCUGUUCCCUCUGCCCCAGCCGAAGCCGGCCCGGUUCGUCAAGAAGGGAGUUUUUGCGGCAGAGCCGGGGACGGCAACGGCCGCCGCGCGGUCUAGCUCUACUGUGGUGGCGCCUUCCCCCCCGCGGCCCCACAGCACGAUUACGGAAGGGGAAGUCCUUGCCGGCAAGCUCGCCGCGGACGACGACGGAAAGCCACCAAAUACUGCGGGCGGUGCGGGCGGUGCGGGCGGUGCGGGCGCGGCGCGCGCGAUCUCGGCAAGCGACGGUGGCGGGAGCACCAGCAGCGACCCGCCGCCGCAGGCGGCGGAGAGUGAGGCCGGCGCAAACGCGGGGGCUGGCGGAGACAACACGGACAGCAACAACAGCGACAAGUCGGCGACGACGGCGUCGGAGUCCUCCAGCACGACGCAGUACGCCAUGACCGCCGCGGCCAGGACCAAGGCCUACAAGGGCAUCUUCCGCACGGGGGGCGGGGACAAGCCCAAGAAGCGGCCCCGUAGCCCCGUCGCGAGCACCCCGCUGCAACUGCCGUUCCCGCGGCCCCCCGCCGGGGUGAGCCUGGCGACCGCGGACCUGGAGGAGCGGCCGCCUUGCGGCUCCGAGGAGUACGUGCAGACGGAGGCUGGGUCGGAGUGGGCGUGGGGGUUGUUGGGCGACGAGCAGGACGGCGGCGGCGGCGGCGGCGAUGUUGCUAGUGGUAGUGGCGGCGUUGGCGGCGCGGCGGCGGGCGCUAAUGGCGAGAGCGGGGGUCCUGGACACCGAGACUUUCGUUUGCCGUACGACGUGAUCUACGACUGCCACUACCAGAGGUUCCUCGGAGAGAUGAGGCAGCUGGGGAUGCGCAGCGCCGACGAUGCCAUGACGGAGUUCCAGGGCAUCACGUCCAACGUGUACUUGAGCAAGAAGCCGCCGGCAAAGGACGUCGGGGAGGGGCACCGUUGCGGGUGCGUCCCGCCAUCCGACGGCUCGGCAGGGUGCACGGAGGCGUGCUCGAACAGGGCCACCUUUGAGGAGUGCACCAAGCGCACGUGCGGUCUGGGGGGCAAGGGCGUGUGCGGGAACCGGAAGAUUCAGAGGUACAAGCAGGAAUACAUGAGGAGGAAGGUGUGCAUCAAGGACGUAGGCCCCAAAGGCAUCGGGCUGGUGGCAAAGACGCGCAUUCCGGCAGGGGCUCUGAUCGGCGAAUACGUCGGGGAGGUGCUGUCGGAGGAUGAUUGGCAGGCGCGCCAGGCGCUCCUCCAUGCCAACGAGAAGCACAAGUUCGUCAUGGACCUGGGCGAGAGCGAGGUGAUCGACGCUAGCCAGAAGGGCAGCAUCCUGAGGUUCGUUAACCAUAGCUGUGGCCCCAACGCGGAGACCCAGAAGUGGAUGAUUCAGGGCAAGAGGCGCAUCGGCCUGUUCGCCACCGAGGUCAUCGAGAAGGGGGUGGAGGUAACGUUCAACUACUGCUACGUAGGGUACGACGAGGAAGCCAGAGACGGCCUCGGCGAACCCCCCAACGGCGGGAAAACGCUCGGAACAAAGCACGGGGAGGGCGAGGAGGUGGGGGGAGGCGGGGCGAAGGGGGGGGGGGGGGGAGGUGGGGGCGGCGGCGGCGGGGGCGGCGCGGGGGGGGGUGGGCGAGGUCGGAACCGGAAAGGCGCGCCUAGGUUGGAGGAUCCGCAGACGGGGGAGACUGUGCGGACGUGGCUCCAUACGGAAGACGCAGAGAACAUCGAGAAGUUCACCAUACGCACUAUCAACAGCGAUGGCCGCCUCAGCGCGAGGGACCUGGCGAUCGUGACGUCGAAGCGGCUGUUCCUCAAGCGCAACCUCCCGGUUGCUUGUCGGAGGCUCGUGGCGGAGCAGGCGAGGUUAGCCGCGGAGGUCGGCGGAGCCGUGGCGGGAGCGGGCGAGAGCAAGGCAGCGGGUGAUGAGCGCCGGCUGAGCGCGGUCAGGGCCCGCAUCGCCGCCCAGCAAGAAAAAUGCUUAGCCCUAGAACAAGGAGGACGCGACGGCGGCGGCGGCGGCAAGACGGUGGCAGCGGCGGCGGCGGCCGGCGGGCCGUCCUGGCCCCCGAGCAAGGCCGCCGCCGGCGAGAAGAAGAACGGGCCCGCCGCGCGCGGCGGUGGCGGGGGGAGCGAGAGCGCGGGCGGGGUCAAGAGAGGGAGAGGUAGGCCGAGGAAGGGGGCUGGAGGGAAGACGGCGGCGGCGGCGGCGGCGGCUAGUGGGUCCGCUGAGAAGGCGGACGCGGCAAGCGGCGGCACCGAUGCUUCGGGAGACACGGGAGCGGAGGUCGCACCCGCGGGUGAAGCGGCGAACGCGUCCCCGCUCAAGGACGGGGCGGUGACGGUGGCCAAGGUAGGCGGGGACCAGCCAGAGACCUCUGCGCAGGGGGUAGUGAGCCCUAAAGCCGCGCACGGAGGCAGGGACGCCACCGACGACGACGGCGACGACGCAUCUUCCGGCGUACGGCCAGAGGAGAGAUCGCGGCCGUCAAAGGGCGACACUCCCUCCCCCCACGAGAAGGAGCGGCGGCGGCGACGGACGCGCUCGUCUUCUCCGGGAGCAGAGGAUAAGGAUAGGGGCUGCAAGGGUAAGGGGGAAGGCGACGUCAAGGAUAAGGAAUCCACGAGCCGGAAGGAUAAGACGGAACCUGAUGGCAAGGUCAGCAGCAACGCGAAGAAGAGCGGCAGUCCCUCGCCCCGUCGCCAGGGUGACGCGACCCCUCCUUCCCGCUCGUCCGAACCGGUAACGGCGGCGGCGACGGCGGCGCUAGCGGAGUCGAGCCGGUCGCAGUCUUCGGUGGCCUCUCCGGCCGGCAAGGUCAAGGAGGCAGGCCGCGAAGAGAGCCGAUCUAGGGGCCGUCGCCGCGAGCAUAGCGACUCCCGACGGCAGCGGCGAUCUCCUUCUUGGGACUCCCGGCAGCGGCAGCGGCGGCGGCGCGUUGGUGAGCGGUGGCAGCGGCGCGACAGCAGCAGCAGCAGCAGCAGGGGCGGGGAUUCCUCAUACUCCCCCCGUUCCUCCCGCCCGGCGGCGGCGUCGGAGGACCGGAGGGGGAGGAGGAGACGGGACGAUAGCCAGGAUAACGGGACGUCGCGGAAGGGGCGGCGAGACGAGAGCAGGAGCGAAGUCCGACGCCGGCGCCGCCACCGCCGACGCCGCGAUGACUCUCGAUCGUCUUCGGGGUCGCGGUCGGCUUCGGCGCGACGGCGGUCUCGCUCCCGUUCUUCCGUCGUCUCUCGCUCCCGUCAACGGCGGCGGCGGGACAGCCGAGACAGGCCGAGACGAGACCGGUCUCGAGGGGACAGUCGCGACAGCGACGAUAGGACAAGAGGGAAGUCGGACCGCGAGGAAGGCCGCGGUAAGGGCAGGAGACGGAGCAGGGAGGAGAACCGCCACCGGUCGCCGUCGCGCCGGGGGUCUUCUAGAUCGGCGGCUCGCGGCGGGAGGAAGGAGAGCGGCAUGGACCGCCCGCGCGGGUUGUCGGACGGCGGCCACAACGGCGGCGCUCGCCACAGCAGCAGCAGGAGCCGGAGGGAGCGGCGCAGGAGCCGGGACAGCAGCAGCCACGAUCAUGGUCGCAGCGGUGGCAGCGUGCCCAGGCUCGGGGACAAGGGUAAGAAAGAGAGGAUUCCUUCCCCGUCUCCGGCGGCGGCGGCGGCGGUGGGGGCGGCGAGAUCGGCGAUCCCUGACAGCGGCGGUGUUGUCGCGGGCCUCAAGAUUAGCGGAGGCGAGGGUGCUUCUGCCUUGCAGAGGAGCGGCUUCGGCGAGCGGAGGAAGAAGAACAAGGGGCCAUCACGGUCCCCGCCCGUGGCGUCGCCUGCCCGGAACACGGCAACGGCGGCGGAUCAUGGCGGUGGUGACGACAGCCACAGCGAGUGGUCCGACGUCAGCGACUCCGAGGUCAAGGGCAUCCGAAACCUGAGGAAGCGCCACGGGGAGGACUGGCGCGGCGUCCUCGGGGUCGAGGCGGACGAGCGCCUGGGCCUGGAGGUCGUCGCCGUCAAGGUCGAGAAUGACCAGCUUUCGGGGGUCCUGCCCCCGAGCGAGGACCCUGCCAAGAGGCCCCGCCAGAUCAUGAGCGUGAUGAUCACGAAGGCCUCGCGGAAGCUCCCUCGCGACGUCCACCGGCAGAUAUUGGAUACCUUCCAGGUGGUGAUCUUGGAGCCCUACUACUACCCCCCGAGUUGCAAGGAGCCGCCCAUGUACGUGAUCGGGCCCGCCGCCCACGUCGGCCACGCCGGCAGAGCGCUCGUGCGUUUCCACACCGACGAGGCUGAGGCCACCGUGCUGAACGUCAUGGACAGCGCGAUGGAGGGGGCGCUGAGCAUCCGCAGACCCGAGGGGAUCGGGGACGUUCUCGCGAGAGACCAGUCGUAUGAGAUCAAGCCCGAAGAAACCGAAGCGCUGCUGGACAUGAAGAGGCUGGCUUGGCUGGCUGGCGAGUGCUGCCGUUUGACAGGGACGACUUCCCUGACGGCAUCCCUCAAGCGGUGGCCGCGAAAGGAGGGCCCAGCGGUGUGCAAGGUGGCCAUCAAGGGCACCCCUAGGCAGUGCGCGGAGGCAUGGGCGAUCGUGCAGGAGGUUCUCGAGCGAUACCCCGUGGUGGAGGGAUUCAUGCGCCGGAACCCCCGCCCGCCGCUGACCCUGGAGGACUGCGCAGAACUGACAAACGGCGGUGCUGCCGGUACGGGCGAUGAUGGCGGCGUGUCGGCGGGGGCAGCGGCGACAGCGGGAAGCCUCACGGCCGCCACAGGAGACGGCGGGGGUGCUAGUGCCGCGAUCACGUCUGCGGCGCCCCCGGCAAGGAAGUCGCUCGCGUUCGGGCAGGGCAUGGGGACCGGCUUCAGGCAGGCCGAGGAAUCAAAGAAGGACGGCGUCUCGGUCGCGAAGGAUGCCAAGCGGAAGCGUGAGAAGACAUCUGUCGGCGGCGACGAGGAGUCGCAGCGGCAGGGAGGGAAGAAGAAGGCCAAGGUAGUUGCAGCCAAGACCAGUGGCGCUGGGGGGAUGGCAAUCGAGGUCGACGGGGAGCGACGAGUGUCGCCUGGCGCCUCCGGGAGUGCCGGAUUAUUGUCGCUUUCGUCGUCAGGAAAGAAGAAGAAGUCGUUGGCGCAGAAGGGGAAGAAGCCUUCGAAGGAGGUCCUUGUCGCCGGAGAAAAGAAGAGCGGCAACAACGCAGGAGGCGUCGAGAAGCGGGCGGAUUCGGAGCCCAAGCCGAAGCAGAAGCUGAACCUCAAGCCCAAGGCUGGCGAAGAUGACAAAUCGGACGGCGCGGUCAGCGUAGCCGCGAAGGGCGUCCCCACCAAGCGUAAGACGGCGGCGGCGGCGGCGACGGCAUCGCCUAAGAAGAACAAGACGAAGAAGAAGACUACGGGUGUGCCACCGUCGGCGUCGACGUCCCACGAGACCCCCGACCUCAAGGGCAACGAGGAGGCCGGUUCGACCGCAGUUGAGAAGACCUCGAGAGGUGCUCCUACUGCCGCUCCCGCUGCCCCGCUCCAGGCCACGAAGAGCGCCGGCCGCGGUUCCCCCGGUCCGGUUUCGGACAAGACCGGCACCCCCGAGAAGAAGAGGUCAUUGGCCGGGAAUCAACGGGGCCGAAGCGGCGAGGGAUCCUCUGCGAACCCGGAGGAAGCGCUUAAGCGGGGGGGCGACGGCGCCCCCUUGGAGGAGGAGGGAAUUCCUGCUACGCUGAAGAAGAAGAAGAAGAAGGGCGCGGGCCCGAAGGGUAAGCCUAAGACCGGCCUAGUGGCGGCUGCAGCGGGUAAGGGGGAGCACGCGGGCUGGAAACCGCGCAGCAACACCAAGGAGAAGGAGCUCGGGUCGUCGACGGGCGGCAAGGUGGUGCCGCCGUCGCUGUCCCCCGGGCGGGUCGCGAAAGGAGAGGACGACCGGAACGGAACGGCGCCCGUCGAAAACAAGAAGAAGAAGAAGGAAGACUCUGCCUCAGUAGGGGCCCGUGAGGGACGAGGUAGGAAGACCGUCCCCGCCAAGAGGAAGAAGGUGCCGGUCUCGACGAAACCGUCGACCUCCGCCGAAGGAAAAGGAAGCUCGGGGCCGCCGCUUCCUCAAGACCCAGAUCCCAACGAUCUCUACCUGGGCGUUCUUCUCCCCGAGGCCGAGGAGUCGGGAGCGGGCAAGCAGAAGGAGGCGGGACCGGCGACGAAAGCGGCCGCCGCUGCAGCGGCCGUCAACGCGCGCCUGGCGCUAAGCGUCCGGAUGAAAGGCAGCGCGGCCGCGGCGGCGGCGGGCCUGAAGCCUCGGUCGGUGCGCGUGGCGGCCAAGACUGCCGCCAAGGCGGGGCCGCAGAGGCCGCCGGCCGCCGCCGCCGGUGCAGGUGUCGUUGCGGCGAAGCCUGGAGCGCCUCCGGCGGGGUCUAUCGCCGCGCAUCUCAACGCUCUCGCGGCAUCAGCGUGUGCUCCGACCGCCCCGUCCGCCAUGGCUGCGGCUGCGGCUGCCAUGAUAGCGCGGAGGUUGGCGGCCCCGGACCCUUCCGCUAGCUCCCAGGGGACAGCUGCUGCUGCUGCCGCCGCGCCGGUACCCGCGAACGGCCUUCCGCGUGGAGAAGACGGCGGUGACGGCGGCGGUGGCGGCGGCGGUGGUUCGGACCCGCGCAAGAGCAUGGCGGCUUCGGGCAGAGAAGGACCGGGCUUCGGGCAAGACAUGCGGCAAGGGUAG